UCUUCAAAAGACAAAACUUUAUUCUUUUCGCUUUCACAUCAAAUUCUACUAACUGUUGAUCUUACAAACCUUAUAUCUGAUAUCCGAGAUGAUAAACUUACUCCUCAACAAACUUCUGAUAAAUUAUCUGCUACACAAAAUUAA